AUGACCCCACCAAAGAAGAUGAGUUUGCAGGAUUUCCUUCAAGAUGAAACAUUUGGCGGAUCAUGGGCAGAUACAGAUGUCGACUUGGCUUCGAUCUCGGUUCCAAUUGAGAAGCCAUAUGGGCAUCACGAUGGGUACUCCAGAGGUGGUGGAUAUCAUGAAAACAGCUCAUUGGGGCCUCCAUAUAUUGUUAAAUUAGUCAAUUUACCAGUUACUGCAAACGAUGCAUUUGUUCAAGAUUUAUUCCAAAGUAGAUUCACUUCGUUUGUCAAAUUUAAAAUUUUAACUGAUCCAUCAUCAAACAUCUUGGAGACACAUAUAAUUAGACAGGUUGCAUUUGUCGAAUUGGAAUCAGCACAGGACGCGGCAAAAACACUCAAAUGGCACGACCUAUACUACAAAGGGAAUAGACGAGUUAUUGUGGAAGUUGCUGAUUUCAAUGAUUUCCAUCAUUGUAUUCAAUUCAACCAAGAACACCACCAAGAGAUACAGCAAAUCCAACAUGACUUUAUUGCACAAAAGCAGCAACAAAAGCAACCACGUCACAUGGCUUUACUCGAUGAUUUGGAUCAGGAAAGGGGAAGGGGCUCUGGAUUUCGUCAACACCAACCCCCAUCACACUUCCGUUCACAUCAUGGAGGGGGCAUGCCUUUGUCACCUGAAAGGCACCACGCUUCUUUACAUAACCGCCAACCAUCGUUUGACUCUCAAUUCCCCGCUCACAAGCCCUUUCAUGGUCUCGCGAACGAUAAUGCACCUCCGUUGCAUCAACCACCACUCAAUCAACAAGGGCCGGUGCAAUCCAUGCCACAUCAAGCAAGCAAGCCUAAAGCUAACCCGUUUGGAGGUGCCAAACCUGUAGACACUGUCUCACGUCAGCAAGAAAUUGAAAAAAAGUUAAUAAAUUUGAAUCAAACAACAGUACAGACACUUGGUGAUGACACAAGUGUUGAUAUUGAUGCAGUUAUCAAAAAGUUUCACGAGAGUGCGUCACCAAAACAAAUAAAAAGUGAGCUUCCAUAUGGAAGAAGACCAUCAAAUACGGAAAGACGGUCUCUGGUUGCUAUUUUGAGAAGAGGCUCUCAAGAGUAUCAACAGCAUCAGCAACAUACACAACACCAUGAAGAGCAACAGCACCAUCAACAACAGCAACAACAACAGCAACAACAGAAGCUUCAACAACAAAGUGUCCAAGCGCAUCCUCAGCCGCAUCAAGCCGCCUCAAAUUUGACAGCUGCUUCAAUAUCAACUGAGAAUGUCGGUUGGGCCAAUAAUACCGGUAAGUCACUAGCGCAAUUGUUGAGUGAGCGUUCAAACUUUGUAGCCAGCUCGCCUUCUGGUGGCAAAAACACCCCACCUACACCAACAGCUAAGCCACCUGUCAUAUUGAAAAAGAAAACAUUGUCGUCGCCACCAGCAGUCAAGCUCGAUCUAGCUGUUACAAAGGAUACUCAAGCAAUGAAUUUAUCGGGUGAUGAAAAGUCAAAGUUACGAAGAGAAGAUUCUUCUCUUGAACAACAAUCACAGCAGGAGGUACCAGUUGCUGACACAAUCAGACGCGAGCUGGGAAAACCCCUGACGGAUGUCAACGCCACGGGUUCAUUUACACAGAGACCACAACCACGACAAAAGCGCGAAUCAUCAGAUCAUGAUAGACCCAAUUUCAAGAAACUCUUUGAAAAUCUAUCUUUAGAGGAGGGAGAUUCAACUCAACUGAGCUCAUAUGGAAGACAAUCAAAAUGGCGUAGUGUCCCAAGAGGUAAAGGCAGAGGUCGAGGGGGAUUCGGAGGUGAACGUAGAGGAAGUCGAAGUGACAAAUAUUCCAAUGCCAAUGAUCGUAACGAUGUUACCCCAAGUGAAUUAAUAACAAGCGUGCAUCUGCUCGAGGAUGAAAUUAGUUUCAAUACUGCAAUUGACAAUGCCUUGGAGCCUACUCAAACCACUGAAAGUGAUAUUCCCAAAAAGUUUAGAAAACAGCCACAACUACCAAAAGAUGCGUAUUCACAACAGCAACAACAACAACAACAUCGACAAGUUCAUCUGGCAUCAACUCCAUCUGUAUCAAGUGGAUACGCCAAUGAGAAAGCAAUCGACGGCAACCACCGAGCAGUAUCUGCUGAUGCAACCAUCAAGUCAACCGAUGCAAUAACUGGCCCCAUAGGUGCAUCUACUACAUCCUCAAAGUUUAUAAAUGAAGCAACAAUGUCCAAUUCGAGUGGGUUGGAUGAAUCGACCCCCACUAUUGCAGAAUCAAAUGAUGAUCCAUCAGCUGAUAUAGCAUCCAAUGAAGAUAAUUCCCCUUCACAUACCACCUCGACUAGAGGCAGAGGAGGAGGAGGACGCGGAAGAGGUAGAAGCAGUGGAAGAGGCAGCGGAAGAGGUGGUGGCAUAGGCAGUGCUAGAGGCAGAGGUAGAGGCAGAGGGCGUGGAAGAGGUAGAGGAGGCCCAUCUCGUGGCUUCAAUCCGGACCAUAAUCAAUAUAUACGUGACAAACCACUAACUGCUGACCCAACAUCCUAG